CUCCGUCACACGACGCCGGCCUGUCCCCGCCCCUCGACGCUGGUCUGCCGCUGGACCCCCGCCUGCUCGACUCCCACACGCGCCGCCGCCGGCCCUCGCCCCCGCCAUGCCCAAGGACAGCGACGUCCCCCAGCCGGGCCCCGCGCGCCUCGCAAAGGGCGCCGGCCCCGACGAGUGGCUCGAGCAGGCCAAGCAGUGCAAGUACCUGCCCGAGGCCGACAUGAAGCGCCUGUGCGAGAUCGUCAAGGAGUGUCUGAUGGAGGAGUCCAACAUCCAGCCCGUGCGCACCCCCGUUACCGUGUGCGGCGACAUCCACGGCCAGUUCUACGACCUGCUCGAGCUCUUCCGCGUCGCCGGCGGCAUGCCCAACGACACCCCGCAGGCGCCCCAGGCCCCGCCCGUCACCCUGCCCAGCCAGAUCAACCCCGCCGACCUCGAGCCGCCCACCAGCAUCACAGACCCCAAGGUCAAGCGCAAGAUGAAGCGCCGCUUCCAGCGCGACCCCAACUACAUCGGCCCUGCCAGCCCCCCGGGCGGCGACGGCGACGACGGCGAUGCUGACGACGACGAGGAGGAGACGCGCGGCCGCAGCAGGAGCGUCCACGACCGCCGCAGCACCGGCUCCAUGUCUGACGCCGGCUCGACCCGCAACACCGUCGUCGGCAACGGCCAGCAGAACUUUGUCUUCCUGGGCGACUUUGUCGACCGCGGCUACUUCAGCCUGGAGACCUUCACCCUGCUCAUGUGCCUCAAGGCCAAGUGCGCCCCCGCCGCCUCUCUCCUCGCCCGCCCCGCUAACUCCGCCAGGUUCCCGGACCGAGUCACCCUCGUGCGCGGAAACCACGAGUCGCGCCAGAUCACCCAGGUCUACGGCUUCUACGAAGAGUGCCAGACCAAGUACGGCAACGCCUCCGUGUGGAAGGCCUGCUGCCAGGUCUUUGACUUCCUGGCCCUCGCCGCCAUUGUCGACGGCAAGGUUCUCUGCGUGCACGGCGGCCUGUCGCCCGAGAUCCGCACACUGGACCAGAUCCGCGUCGUGGCCCGCGCCCAGGAGAUUCCCCACGAAGGCGCCUUCUGCGAUCUGGUCUGGAGUGACCCCGAGGACGUCGACACCUGGGCCGUGUCCCCCCGAGGCGCCGGCUGGCUGUUUGGAGACAAGGUGUCGUCCGAGUUCAACCACGUCAACGGCCUGCAGCUCAUCGCCCGAGCCCAUCAGCUGGUCAACGAAGGCUACAAGUACCACUUCAAGGACAAGGACGUCGUCACCGUAUGGUCCGCUCCCAACUACUGCUACCGCUGCGGCAACGUCGCAUCCAUCAUGAACCUCGGCGAGGACCUCAAGCAAGAAUUCCAGAUCUUCAGCGCCGUCCCCGACCACCGCCGCGCCGUGCCAGCUGGACGCGGCGGGAGAGGAGAGUACUUUUUAUAGUCUGACACUGCAGAUGGCACUUGUACCACGUGACGCGACGCGACGGAUACCCAGGCACGACAUGGACGAGACGAGUCCAUGACACCGAGCUGAAUACAUGACUGCGCUUUUAUACUGACCCCCUUAGAUAGCUGCGUUGUACGAUACAAUCACGAUGAUGAUGAAGAAAUAAAUUUGCAUAUCCUUCA